AUGGCCUCCUCAACCCAGCAAAUCCCCUCGGCUGAGAUCCGCCAGUCCCGCUUCGAACAGGCCGUAGCCCUCUCCCUCAACCUCUGGCCCGCCCUCACCCUUGCCGUCCAGAACAACUGGGGCGGCCCCGACAGCGCCGACAAGCGCGACUGGUUCGCAGGCGAAGUCGCCAGCCAGUUCCCCGCCUUCACCUCCUCCACAUCCUCACAACAAGCACCACCACCACCACCACCACCACCACAACAACAACAACAACAGAAGCAGAAGCAGAAGAAAGAGGAGGACGACGACGAGCCCGACGCCGAGUACAUAGAGGAGCUCCUCCUCCAGGUCAUGCUCGACGAGUUCGAGGUCAACGUAGACGAUGACUCCGGCUUCGACGUCGCCGUCGAGAUCAUCCGCCUGCGCGGCCAGUGCGCCAAGGGCAGCUUCGAGGAGGUCGACAAGCUGCUGGCGCGGUGGCAGUCCGGCAAGGGCGCCAAGGUCGAAGGUGCCCUCUUCAAGAAGGGCGAGGACCAGGACGGCGAUACGGACUGGGAUGAUACCGAUGGGGAUGAUGACGAUGACGACGAGAGCGGUGAUGAGGAUAUGACCGAUGCUCCGCCUCUGGUUGCUGCCCCCAAGAAAGAGAAGGCUGCGCCAGAGGUGGAUGAGGACGGGUUCACCAAGGUCACAAGGAAGAGGUGA